AUGGCCGAAGCUCUUGGUGUUGCUGGCAGUAUCGUCGGCAUUGUCGCCACCGCCCUCCAUGUCAUCCGGAAGGUAGUGGACGACGUACGGAACAUUCACGAUGCCCCUGACACCCUCAAGACCCUCCAGUCCGACCUAAUCCUCGCGGACCGCGCCCUCGAGUCGCUUCAAGACAUCGACGAGCCGCAAUGGGAGUUCCUCGGCGAGGCCGUGGUCAAGCAUGCCGAGAUCACUAUCGCGAGCUGUUCCGAAGCAUGCAACACCUUCGGGGCUGCUCUGAAGAAGUGGACCAAGCGGUCCACCGACGGGAAGCUCUCAUGGCGUGAUAGGGGCAAUAUCGGCUUCUUCAACCAGAGUCAGAUCAAAUCCAUGUCGCAGCAACUGCAGAACUGCCACACCAUGAUCACCUCCAUGGCGAGCACGGCCACUUUACACGGCUCGCUGAAAAACAAUGAAACCAGUCAGAGAAUCGAAAAGACGCUGUCAGAAAACCUCGACCAACUUACGAACAUGAUGGCCGCUUUGAAUAGCCGUGUUGUUGAAACACAACAGGCUGCGGCUGCCCCAGCCCAGCAAGUGGAACAGCCUCAAGAAGCGACGGAAGCCGCAGCGGAUGUCCUCGCGCAAAUCAGGGAGGAGAGUAAAGCCCUGGCGGCUUCGCGUCAGCUUUACGAGGACCUUCUUGAAAGAAUCCAGGAGGCUGCUAUUGAGAGUCAGGCGGAGAGAGCUCGUGGCCGUGGUUCUAGGACGGUUAAGAUCGAGUUCAAUGGCCGUAACGACCGGGGACUGCAGAUGGGGGUGAAUGAGGGCACUAUGAACAACCUUCGCUUUGGAUAA